GCCACCCCCUCGGCCACCCCACCCUGAGGGCAGCAGGAUGGCCCAGCAGCGCCACGCCAUCCCCCCACCACUUAAGACAGAGGAGGACUACAUCCCCUACCCCAGCGUGCAUGAGGUGCUGGGCCGGGAGGGGCCGUUCCCCCUCAUCCUCCUGCCACAGUUUGGGGGUUACUGGAUCGAGGGCACCAACCACCAGCUGAGCGGGGCACCCGAAUCCCCCCCCACCCCGGCACCCAGCACCCGGGCAAGGCUUGAGGGCAACCACACGGCCAAGAUCUACCGCAAGCACUUCUUGGGCAAGGAGCACUUCAACUACUACUCCCUGGACCCGGCGCUGGGUCACCUCGUCUUCUCCCUCAAGUACGACGAGCAGGAGCACCUCCACCUGCUGCUGCGCACCCGCACCCGCACCCUGCACGACGUGGUGCCCAUCUCCUGCCUGGCUGAGUUCCCCAACGUAGUGCAGAUGGCCAAGCUGGUGUGCGAGGAUGUCAACGUGGAUCGCUUCUACCCCGUGCUCUACCCCAAGGCGUCCCGCCUCAUCCUCGCCUUCGACGAGCACGUGCUCAGCAACCACUUCAAAUUUGGGGUCAUCUACCAAAAACUGGGGCAGACCUCCGAGGAGGAGCUUUUCGGCACCACGGAGGAGAGCCCGGCGUUCACUGAAUUCCUCGACGUCCUGGGUCAACGGGUGCAGCUGCGGGACUUCAAGGGGUUUCGGGGGGGGCUGGACGUGACCCACGGGCAGACGGGCAGCGAGUCGGUCUACUGCCAUUUCCGCGACAAGGAGAUCAUGUUCCACGUCUCCACCAAGCUGCCCUACACCGAGGGGGACGCCCAGCAGCUGCAGCGGAAGCGUCACAUCGGCAACGACAUCGUGGCCAUCGUCUUCCAGGACGAGAACACCCCCUUCGUCCCCGACAUGAUCGCCUCCAACUUCCUCCACGCCUUCGUGGUGGUGCAGCUGGAGCAGGGCGGCUCCCAGGGCACCCUCUACAAGGUCUCCGUCACCGCCCGUGACGAUGUGCCCUUCUUCGGCCCGCCGCUGCCCGACCCCGCCGUCUUCAGGAAGGGCCCCGAGUUCCAGGAGUUCCUGCUGACGAAGCUCAUCAACGCCGAGUACGCCUGCUACAAGGCCGAGAAGUUCGCCAAGCUGGAGGAGCGGACGCGGGCGGCGCUGCUGGAGACGCUGCACGAGGAGCUGCAGGCCCGCAGCCAGGCCAUGCUGGGGCUGGGCCCCGACGAGGAGCGCCCCGACAACGGCGCCGCCGCCCCGGGUUUCUUCGAGUCCUUCAAGCGGGCGCUGCGGGGCCGCAGCCCCUCCCUGGAGGCCGUGGGGCUGGGACCCCGCCGGGCCCCCCCAACGCCCCCCCCCAACGCCGCCAACGCCGCCGCCGUCGCCGCCGCCGGAGCCCCCGACGGCGCCCCGGGGGCCGCCUGCGUGAGUGCCCCGCCCCCGGGACACGCCCCCACCGCGCUGGCCACGCCCACCGCCCCGCCAGUGUGCUGGCGGGCGCUUGGCUGA